AUGGACACUAAAGUCACAGAGCCAACUAUCCCUGAGACAUACAAUGCAUUCUUCUAUGGAACUCUCAUGGCUCCCGAAGUCCUUUACCGCGUUAUUUACGGUUCUUCUAAGCAUUCAUCUAUAUCUCUAACUAUUACACCCGCCCUUCUUCCGGACUACUGUCGUCAUCGCGUCCGCUUCGCUGACUAUCCAGCCAUCAUUCACGAGCCCGGUCAUACAGUUCGUGGCACUUAUGUCACAGGUCUUACGCCCUCCAACAUGCGAAAUCUGGAUCAUUUCGAGGGAUCCCAAUAUGAGCGAAAGGUUGUCACUGUGAAGGUCUUGACUCCAAAAGAUAAAGAACAUGUACAGGGUCCCAGUGCAAUUCUGGGGGAAGCGGUAGAAACGGGAGAAGAGAAAGAAGCCCAAACAUAUGUGUUUACAGAUUUGGAUGAGUUGGAGAAAGGAGAAUGGGAUUUCGCCUUCUUCAGACAGGAGAAAUUGAAGAAUUGGGCAGAUGAGAGUGAGGAGUAUGCUGAAGUUGACGCGAAUACUGCGAAAAGCGAUAUUAGUAUUGUUGAAUUCAUAGAUCAAGGAGAUACCACCGGCGGACGAGGCGUUAAAACGGACAUGGGAAAGGAAUUAAAAGAGUUAGCGGAUAAGAAGAGAGAAGAUGAAUGGAUUCUAGAGGAAAAAAAGAGGAUUGCAAAAGAACAGGAGUCGAAGUCUCAAUGUACUAUUGAAUAA